AUUUUGGGUUCUCUCAUCUAGUUUCGUGAUUAUUCACGGAAUUAAAUAUUCCUCACUUGUGUAGACAUUUUGUUAUAUAAAUUUUUCCACUUCCAUAAUUUCUGAACAAAAUAAAAUAAGGGAUAACUGUUGCGGAAAGAGGUGACCUUGCAGAUGCCGUAAUGAUGAGUAAAAAUGCGCAUUUCCUCCCAAUUUUGGUCAAAUGCAUAGUCCAACUAAAUAUGAGGAUCGACUUGUGGUAAAUAUUUGAUAUCGGUAUCAUUUUCUAGAAUUAGGAGGAGCAGAGCCCCUGUCGUAUAGGACACUCGCCCAAGCGGACGUCACAAUUAGCUCCAUAACACGCCAUGAUGCCCGAAAAUGAGCCGGCCUCCCAACUAAUGAAAGACGUCAUGUUUAAUCACCUGAUCCUCUCCCCAAUACUGACCCACCUGGACCUCACCAGCUUAAAGGCGGCCCGCCUCGUCUCCCAAUUUUGGGGCAAGGAGGCACUAUCCGCAAUCCGAGAACGCAACCUCAUCACCCAGCUGGUCCCCCCGUUUGACGAGGUGGAAGAAAUAGUGGCCUUCUUCUCCACCGCUGGGCUGCCACACACCCUCUGCCUCUCCUUCGCCAGCCCGGCCUUCUUCUUUGAAUACGUCACGGUAGAAGAUUGCCCCGUGAAGAGCUACCACUUUCCCAGGGAGACUUUGGGGGAAGAAAUUUUACGGAAAGUUGGCACCGCGGUGGUUCGAAAUCACCGCUAUGGCAGCCUUGUGCGGGAACUCAGGUUGGAAAUGUCCUACCUGGACGAAGCCGAUGCUGCAUACCUGGCCCAAAUUAUGCAGUGUUUCACCCAGGUGGAGAAAGUUUUUUUGAAUUUUACCGCGUACGAGAAUCCCGCCUAUUUAGCCACUUCGGCCGUCUUUCCCUACUCGGUGAAGAAAUUGGCGCUGCGAACUUUCAAAGAGCAUGGGGAGCAGCCUCCCGUGCCGCUCAGGGUACUAGCGGUCGAGCGUUUUCUCAGCGCCGUGGAAAAUAUUGCUUAUUUGGACCUUCAGUGGUGGGGGCCGUGCAUGUCGGAGACACAGGUUGAGUCGAGGAUAUAUGUCGACGUGCUAGCGGCUCUUAUUGCGAAGGUGAGGAAAUAAAGCGGGAUUGAUGUUACAUAAUUCUUCAAUUUUUAAGGGGACUCGUCUCCGUGCGCAAAAUUGUGGCGGCCCACUCAAAAACCUUAUUGAGCCUGACCGUCAACCAGCUGUGCGUUUGGUCCGUCGAAGAUCACGUCCUGCCCGUCCCGACCGACCUUCCCGACCUUCCUUUCCUCCAAUACUUAGAGAUAACGACAUCUGGCGCUAUAGCCAUUGGGGACGAAUGGGCCCCCCAUCACCUCGAUAUUUUCUCCAUGCGACAAGUUUUUCUCGAUGGCGCCCUCCCUCGGAAAUUCCCCAAACUCAAAAAUCUCUCCCUUUUCAUGUACAACGAGCAGAGCAGUGCUGCCUGGCAACACAUCCUGCCAGACAGAGGUGUGCCCUCGAUGCCACAACUGGGCACACUGUCGCUAUCGAUUCGGGCGGGAUGUUCGUCUCCCCUCCUGGCCGCGAUGGUCCUCCCGUUUCCCGCCCUGGUGAAGAUGAGGCACCUAAUUUCAGUGGGGGGCAGUGACGGCGGGGUUGCUUGCGAGCAUCACUACGCCCCGGGAGGGCAAGAACGCCGCAUCUUGAGAGAAAGGAAGAGGGCAAAGGGAUGGAAAUGGAUACCGUGGGGGCGGAUGGGCGGUCACAAGGUUCAUAAUAUGUGCACCGCUAUGUCGGAUGAGAUUUGGGGCUAAUUUAGGUGUUUUUUAAUUUUUUUUAGACAUCUAGCUUAAGAUGUGUUUACAGUUUGUGGUAUAAGACUGAAUAAAAUUUAGUUGUGACGUCUCAUCUUCCUAAUUGGGGGGGUACGUAAAACAGAAA